CUCACUGUUCGCCGGCUAAAGUGGCUCCGGGUCUCUCGCCGUUUUUAAAACGCUCGGACACCGCGAGUUCGUUUCUCCCGCUGAGAAGCGUCGCGAGCCAAACACGAAAUAAUCGCGAUUUUCUGUUAACCAGUGUUUCCAGCAAGAUGGAGACCGAGUUCCAGCAACUGGGAAAUUCGUUUAAGAAUUUGACCUGCAACCACGGCUACGUUCCUUCUGCGUUCGAACAAAUAGAAAGUCUCGAUGGAUUCGGGAUAGGAUUAUUAAGCUGCGGAGCUCUGCUCUCGACGUUGACACUUUACUUCGCGGUAGACGCCUGUCACAAUGUAUUUUAUCAAAAGGAAACCAGGUUCUACAGGAGCAACAGCAUCAUGAUCCUCGCCGUCUAUCCCGUGGCGAGCGUGUGCAGCCUCACAGCAAUGGGCAUCCCAAGGUCCCAAUUAUUGUCAGAGGCGGUGACUCAAAUAUUUCUAACGAUAGCUUUAUAUCGAUUGUAUCUGCUGCUGAUUCACGUCGGUCAGAAGGUCACGGGUUCACUGCCGCUGUUGCUACGGGUCGGGCCCUGUUGCUGCUGGCCCUGUCUGCCCUUUCCAGAAAUUCAGAUGACCGAGGAUACUCUGUCCUGGGUACGACUGCUGGUCCUGCAACUUCCUAUUAUCCAGGGGCUGACUUAUUGCAUAUUCCUGCUCAUGUCGAUCGAGGACCCGGGCCUGAUGCAGCAAUACGGCGUUUGUCUGCAACCGUUCGCAGUGACCAGCAUACUUUUAGGAAUAUACGGCCUCACCAUUAUCACGAAGAGCCUGCAACAAGCUGCCCCAGAGCUGAAGCUUCACCGUAAAACUGCGGUGUCACAGUUGAUGCUGCUGUUCUCCAAACUGCAAGCGUUCAUCAUAAAGAGUUUACCGCAGACGGGACUGUUCCCAUGCAACCCGCCGAUCACGCCGCAAAUCUACGCCAAUGUUACCUACAAUGCCCUGAUGCUAAUCGAGAUGCUGCUGCUCUGCUACGCGGCCAGGUACGUUUAUUACGUCGACCUGGAAAGGGAGGAGGAGACCGUCGAGGCGACAGAUCGGCCGAAAGACAAGACCACGGACCAGCCGGCCACGGCGAAUAACAACGAGGCCAACAGGCAACCGUCAUCGUUGACCGUGUGAGAUCCUUCGGAGCUUCCUUGCAUGGCUGUCUCUCGUGAAUAAGAACAGUAUCGUUCUUUUUCGGAUUUUAUAUUACGUACAAUCAGUCGAAAAUUACAGUAUUUCUUUUAAGAGGGUGCAAUUUAUAUUAUGUACAUACUGUGAAAAGGUGAAUUUCUUAUUUCGUUAUUUUUAUGGAUUUUCUGUUCCUUGUUUAUUAGGAAUUAAAUAUGCAAGAAUUUACAGAAAGUCAGAAAUUAAAUAGGGAAAAGAAAUUUUUUACUUAUUAUAUUAUAAUAGUAAUUAUUAGAAUUUUGUGUUAUUGGGCUAUUAAACAUUUUUGACUGACUGUAUUCAAGCUAGUAUUUAAGACUGGAGUGAAUGAGAACUGAUUAGUAAAUAAUGCAAAUGUUACCUGUAAGUAAUUAUAGUAUUAAAAACUUGAUAGGAUUUUAAUAAAAGUGUAGAGAAGAAUA